GCGCAGGGCGCGGGCCGCGCGGGGUGGGGCAGCCGGAGCGCAGGCCCCCGAGCCCCGGCAGGAGCCCCCGGGCCCCCGCGCGCGCCUCGGCCUCCGGGAGACUGGCGCAUGCCACAGAGCGCCCCUCGGGCCGCCUCCGCUCGUGCCCGGGCCCCUGCUGCUGCUGUUGUCGCCUGCGCCUGCUGCCCCAACUCGGCGCCCGACUUCUUCAUGGUGUGCGGAGGUCAUGUUCGCUCCUUAGCCGGCAAACGACUUUUCUCCUCGCCUCCUCUCCCCGCAUGUUCAGGACCAAACGAUCUGCGCUCGUCCGGCGUCUCUGGAGGAGCCGUGCGCCCGGCGGCGAGGACGAGGAGGAGGGCGCGGGGGGAGGCGGCAGCGGCGGAGGAGAGCCGCGGGGGGAAGGGGCGACGGACAGCCGAGCGCAUGGGGCUGGCGGCGCGGGCAGGGCUGGCUGCUGCAUGGGCAAGGCGGUCAGAGGUGCCAAAGGUCACCACCACCCCCAUCCCCCCGCCGCGGGCGCCGGCCCGACCGCGGGCGCCGAGGCGGAUCUGAAGGCGCUCACGCACUCGGUGCUUAAGAAACUGAAGGAGCGGCAGCUGGAGCUGUUGCUUCAGGCCGUGGAGUCCCGCGGCGGGACCCGCACCGCGUGCCUCCUGCUGCCCGGCCGCCUGGACUGCAGGCUGGGCCCGGGGGCGCCCGGCGGCCCGCAGCCCGCGCAGCCGCCCUCGGCCUACUCGCUCCCCCUCCUGCUGUGCAAAGUGUUCAGGUGGCCGGAUCUCAGGCAUUCCUCGGAAGUCAAGAGGCUGUGUUGCUGUGAAUCUUACGGGAAGAUCAACCCCGAGUUGGUGUGCUGCAACCCCCAUCACCUUAGCCGACUCUGCGAACUAGAGUCUCCCCCUCCUCCUUACUCCAGAUAUCCGAUGGAUUUUCUCAAACCAACUGCAGACUGUCCAGAUGCUGUGCCUUCCUCCGCUGAAACAGGGGGAACGAAUUAUCUGGCCCCUGGGGGGCUUUCAGAUUCCCAACUUCUUCUGGAGCCUGGGGAUCGGUCACACUGGUGCGUGGUGGCAUACUGGGAGGAGAAGACGAGAGUGGGGAGGCUCUACUGUGUCCAGGAGCCCUCCCUGGACAUCUUCUAUGAUCUACCUCAGGGGAAUGGCUUUUGCCUCGGACAGCUCAAUUCGGACAACAAGAGUCAGCUGGUGCAGAAAGUGCGGAGCAAGAUUGGCUGUGGCAUCCAGCUCACGCGGGAAGUGGACGGCGUGUGGGUGUACAACCGCAGCAGUUACCCCAUCUUCAUCAAGUCAGCCACACUGGACAACCCGGACUCCAGGACGCUGUUGGUACACAAGGUGUUCCCCGGUUUCUCCAUCAAGGCGUUUGACUACGAGAAGGCGUACAGCUUACAGCGGCCCAACGACCACGAGUUCAUGCAGCAGCCGUGGACUGGGUUUACUGUACAGAUCAGCUUCGUGAAGGGCUGGGGCCAGUGCUACACCCGCCAGUUCAUCAGCAGCUGCCCGUGCUGGCUGGAGGUCAUCUUCAACAGCCGGUAGCCACGUGUGGAGAGGACAGAGCGUGAGCCGAGCAGGCCACACUUCAAACUACUUUGCUGCUAAUAUUUUCCUCCUGAGUGCUUGCUUUUCAUGCAAAACUCUUUGGUUGUUUUGUUUUGUUUCUUUUUUUUUCUUCCCCAAUUCCCCUCUCCCCUCCUUCGUUGUUCUUGUUUAUGUUGUUUUGUUUUUGUUCUUUGAGAAAUAGCUUAUGAAAAGAAUUGUUGGGGUUUAUUUGGGGGGAGGUGUAUGGUUGGCAGGACACCCCCAUAUGAAAAGGGGGAGAUGCAAAAUCAGACCACCACCAAACACGUCGUGUGAAUGAGGAGCAGUUCGUCAACUUUGGGGUCAUUUCAUUUGUUUCAAAGUGUACGUGUGAGUGACUGGCUGAGUGUGAACGUGUAUGGGAAAGGCCGUUGAGAGGAAACUGCGUGCCCUUUUGUGUUUCUUAAGGAUGCCCCCGGCUGAGCAGUUUGUGGUCCCAAGCUGUGGCUCUCUUGGCCUUUGGACACGCUCAGUGGAGCAGAGGCGGUACCUGAGCAAGCUGGUGACUGCGUCCCAGCAGCUGCCAGAAGCCAGGCUCUGUCUCAGCCUGGGGAAGCCCCCGCCCCGCCCCCGCCCCUCCCAGGACACGGGCCUAUCCACAGGCUUCUUGGAAGCAACCCUGCUUGAGUCUGAACCGGAACCAAUUGUUUUCAUCCCAGUCUUACCCCCUCCCGCCCCGUUGCCAUGAUAGUGUCUGUUUUGGCCAUCUGCGCCUGGAUAUCUGAGAUGGGCUUCCGAGGGCCGCCAGGGCAGCCCGCCGUCACAGUAUUGCUCACCUGUGCCCUCUUGUCCUCUCUCUCUCUCUCUCUCUCUCUCUCCUGCCCUGGUGACAUCAGGUUUUCUCCAGACUCAGAAACCAGCUCAGCACUUUCAUCCCCCUGCACAACCUGUGUGUUGAGCACUGCUGUUAAACCAGCUUGGGGAGUGUGCUUGGGCGGGAGGCCUCAGCAGCCCCCCCUUUCCACUGAAGAUUUGGUCCAUCAAAACUCAAGGUACCUUCCCAGGCUGCCACCUAACUCCUUUCAUUUCUCCUACAAACUCAUACACUCGUAUGAGACUACGACACUGUUCUUAGCUCAAUGAGCAUGUUUAGACUUUAACAUAAGCUAUUUUUCUAACUACAAAGGUUUAAAUGAACAAGAGAAGCAUUCUCAUUGGAAAUUUAGCAUUGUAGUGCUUUGAGAGAGAAAGGACUCCUGAAAAUAAAACAAACAAAAAAUCCCACAAAAACCUGAGAUUUAUUAAAGAAAAAAGUGUAUUUUAUGUUAUAUAUAAAUAUAUUAUUACUUGUAAAUAUAAAGACGUUUUAUAAGCAUCAUUAUUUAUGUAUUGUGCAAUGUGUAUAAACAAGAAGAAUAAAGAAAGAUGCACUUUGCUUUAAUAUAAAUGCAAAUAACAAAUGCCAAAUUAAAAAAAAAAAAGAAACACAAGAUUGGUGUUUUUUUCUAUGGGUGUCAUCACCUAGCUGAAUGUUUUUCUAAAGGAGUUUAUGUUCCAUUAAACAGUUUUUAAAAUGUAUACUUGA